CCUCCGCCCUCGUUCAGAUCUCCCUCUCACACGAUGGUACGAGGUAUAUUAGUCCCCCAUGUCAUGACGACUUAGAUUACCAGUCGUCCUUCCUGUCUAAUCCCUCCUUGACCGUUAAGUCGCUGUCGCAACUUGCCCGGUGCAAAAACAAAACCCAACCGUCCAUCCCACCUCUAUCACCACCGCUCUCUCUCUUGCACCUCCGUCUGUGAGUGCGUCGCGAGAACAUUCGCUUGUCGCCCAUCCUGUCGUCGUCCACGCGUCCCUUAGUGUCCGAAUCAGACCCUUCGACAAUGGAUUCUCCUCGUGAGUCUGGGGUCGACACUGGCAAGACUGCCGCGCCCCCAAUCGGUUUCCGUCCUCAGAACGGCGGUGUCAUCAAGGUGCAGCCUCCGCGACGUGAGGACCUGCAACCCUCGUAUGCGCAGACUCUACAAGACUCUCCGGAAGACGUUAAUGGCUGGUACGGUUCCAUGAUCAACACCCUCGGACAGUGCAUCGGUUGCAUGGGCGCCAUUCCAUGCUGCAUCAUCUGCCCGAACCCUUACAAGCCCGUCUCUCAAGGAAACGUCGGCUUGGUCACCAAGUUUGGUCGCUUCUCGCGCGCCGUCGAUCCCGGUUUGGUCAAAGUCAAUCCUCUUUCCGAACGCCUCAUUCAGGUCGAUGUCAAGAUUCAAAUCGUGGAAGUGCCAAGACAGGUGUGCAUGACGAAGGACAACGUGACCCUCAAUUUGACGUCGGUCAUCUAUUACCACAUUACAUCUCCUCACAAGGCCGCGUUUGGGAUUUCCAAUAUUCGCCAGGCCUUGGUGGAACGCACCCAGACCACCCUCCGUCACGUGGUGGGCGCUCGCGUGCUUCAAGAUGUGAUCGAACGACGUGAAGAGAUUGCUCAGUCCAUCGGAGAGAUCAUUGAGGAGGUCGCCGCCGGCUGGGGUGUCCAGGUUGAAUCCAUGCUCAUCAAGGACAUCAUCUUCAGCAACGACCUCCAAGACUCGCUGUCAAUGGCCGCUCAAUCCAAGAGAAUCGGUGAAUCCAAGGUCAUUGCUGCACGUGCUGAGGUCGAAUCGGCCAAGCUUAUGAGACAAGCGGCCGACAUCUUGAGCUCGGCACCUGCCAUGCAAAUCAGAUAUCUUGAAGCCAUGCAAGCCAUGGCCAAGACCGCCAACAGCAAGGUCAUUUUCUUGCCCGCCACCAACCAGACCAUGCCCACUGACAUGAACGCCAUGCUGCAAAGCCAAACCACUGGUGAAGGGAGUGGUUACAAUUCCAAGUCAAACACCGGCAACGCUUUCAACAUGGACAGCAACGAUGGCUUCCAACAGGCCAUGAACGCCAGAGUCAUUGAGAACAUCUGAAGGAUGGGCAAGGCUUUCUGAUCCUCAAUACCCAGUUUCCGGACGAAAUGCGCGCGCUCUAAAGACCACACUGAUGGCACGGAGGGGGAGAGGGAGAGGGAGAGAGCGAAAGCUGGAUUGAACGUUCAUGAGACGUGGUGGGCUUGGCUAUGAUUUGCACUGAAAAUUCGGCGUACCUCCUGUUUGUUUUCCCUUUUUGAGAUACCCCUUGAUGAGUAUCAACAUUCGCUUUGAGUUUUUGUGUAUCAUCAUUUCCUUAUCCUCGAGCGAGGAAUUGCCUCACUGAAAAUCGACUUUGGGGCUGAAGCACAAGCCCAAGCCUGUUAGGCUGCAACUACAGCAAGUAAUGAGCUACAUGACACUCUUCCUCUCUCUCUCUGUUUCC